GGCAUGUCUACAGCAAACUGGCCGGAGGAUGUUCGCGUGAAAAUCGAGACCGCACAGAAAUUGAAGGAUCAGGGCGACCAAGCAUUCAAGGCGGGAGAUGCGAGAGGAGCACUGGUACACUAUCAUCAGUCCCUCAUGUACGUGAAAGGUAUCAGCAGAAAUACCACCGAUGCCAUGUCCGGCGGGGCCAAUGACGGAACGAGACCCAAGACCGAGGUAGAUGAAUUCGAGGAGAAGAUCUACGCCAAUAUGUCUGCAUGUCACCUAAAAACUGAGAAUUGGAGACGAGCGGUUGAGACCGCCGAUCAGGCCCUCAAGAAGAACCCUGACAACUGGAAGGCCAUGUUCCGGAAAGGAAAGGCGCUGGGAUUGCAAGGCUACUACGAGAAGGCUACAGCUAUCCUGGAGGAUCUGGCGAAAAAGAAUCCAGCGGAUGAGCCGGCGGUGUCUGCGGAGCUCAAGCGUAUCCGCGCGCUCGAUAAGGAGGCUGAGAAGAAACACAACCAGAAGAUGAAAGGGUGGCUGUCGCGUGACAAAGGUGAAAACUGGUUGCUCGGAAAUCAGGCGUCAUCUAGCACUGAGGAUGAGGAGAUGGAGGAGAUCAAGUCUCCUGCCAUCCAGGCAGCUGGGUUGUAGGGCCCGGGAAAGGCUGGGCUGGCCACAUAGUCCUAUUUUUCUUGGCAGAUUUUCACCUUCGACGUUCCCACUCGAGCUCAUUUUUUCUACUCGCAUUUUCUCUUCGUUAUUUCACCGCAUACUCCAUUAACUUUGUACCUGUAUACAUUGCCGUGAGCCACAGAUUCAC